AUGAGGCGGUUUCUGUGCAGACGGCCUGCUCCCGCUGUGCGUCUUGAACGACCGAACAAGUUGCACGUCAACGCCAGCCGCCGACGUGCGCUGCAUCUCGCACCUCCGUUCCUCCUCGACGACUACACGCCGCGGUACAUGCUGCUGAGUUCGGUCGACGCGGCCAAGAAGCGGGCGGCUGCGUACGCGCACCUGCGGAACUGCAACCUGUGCCCGCGUCUCUGCGGCGUCAACCGCUUCGAGACGACGGGCAUGUGUCUCAUCGGCGACAAGGCCAAGGUUAAUGUCAUCGCGCCGCACUUUGGCGAGGAGCCGUGCAUCCAGGGCCACAACGGCAGCGGCUCCGUCUUCUUCAGCAUGUGCAACCUGCGCUGUGUCUUUUGCCAGAACCACGACAUUGCCCACCAGCGCAACGGCCAAGACCUGACCCCCGAGGAGCUGGGAGACUGGUACCUCAAGCUGCAGGACGUGGGCAACGUCCACAAUAUCAACUUGAUAACGCCCGAACAUGUCGUCCCACAGGUCGCACUGAGCAUCCUCCAUGCGCGAGACAAAGGGCUGAGGCUGCCCAUAAUCUACAAUACGUCAUCCUACGACUCGCGAGCCUCACUCGAGCUGCUCGACGGGCUUGUGGAUAUCUACCUUCCAGACUUCAAGCUCUGGGAGCCGGCUAGCUGCAAGCGACUCCUGAAGGCGGAGGACUAUGCGGCCACUGCGCGGGAGAGCAUCAAAGCGAUGCACGCUCAAAUCGGGGAUCUCUGCUUCACUCCGGACGGCAUAGCCAAGAAGGGCCUUCUAGUACGCCACCUUGUCAUGCCUGGGUUCGAGGCCGAGACGGCUGAAAUCAUGCGCUUUCUGGCAAACCAUGUUUCCAAAGACUGCUUCGUCAACAUCAUGGAGCAGUACCACCCCGACGCCUAUGUGGGCAAGCCAAAGAACAGGUCCAACACAUCCACCAGAACCAGCGACGGAGAUGCCGCGGAGAAACGCUACGCAGACAUCAACCGGGCCGUCACGAAUGAGGAAAUCUCAUCAGCAAGAAAGGCGGCAGAAGCGGCAGGGCUGUGGAGAUUCUGCGAUCCUCCUAGGCACGAUGGCUUCAGUUUAUGA